AUGAAAAGAACAAAGAGAGUCAAAAAACAAAAAAGAGCAUCUAAACUUAUCUAUUCAAGUGCAUUAUUCCAAGUUUUGAAAUUCAUAGAUUUAGAGCAUGUAUCAUAAUAUCAAAUUGUAUGCCAUAGAUUUUACGAUAAAAUAAUUCCCUAAUACUUCAAUAAAAUGCCUGUUAAGAGAAUAACUAAAUUCUACAGAUUUGUUUAUUCCAAGAAGGCCGUCCAGACUUUUGAUUUAAACACACUCGACUGGAGUAAUAGAAUUAUAGAGAACUCUGGGUGGAAUAAUCUUGUUGAUAACUGUCAGGUUAUAUAAAUAGAGAGUGGCCGAAUUUUCCUCAUUGGUGGGCAUUUUUCUCCAAACACAUAUUCUUAAAAAGUCUCAGAAUACAUUCCAAAAUUAAAUACAAUAGAAGAAAGGGGUAAAUUAAAUCUUUCUAGAACCAAUUUUGCUUUAUGUUCAAUGCUUGGUCUUUUGAUAUUCGCAGUAGGAGGUCAGACUUAUUAGGAUGAAAAGAUUAUUAUGAAUAAUCAAACCGAGAAAUAUUAUAUAUAGGAUGAUGAAUGGGAUGUAAUGAUACCCACUCUGAAUACACCUAAGGCAGGAUUGGCUUUGUGCAAAUUCUAAAAUUAAUUUCUAUAUGCUUUUGGAGGAGAUAACGGUAAGUCUAAGAAUAAUAUAGUAGCUGAUAUUGAAAAACUUGAUUUGGAGUUUGAAGAUGAUGCUGAAUAUAUUAAAUGGGAGUAACUUUUUAUAAAGAAAAAAGAACUGAGACCUUUUGCAUUUGGAUUGGCUACUUUAAUUGAUGAUGAUCGAAUACUAAUAUUAGGAGGAAGGUAAAAUAUAAUGGCUUCUAAUAGAGCAUAUAUUUAUAAUGUUAAUGAUGGUCAUCUGAGUGAAUUUACAACACAGAUGAAUCAAGCUGAUUAUUUUAUGAGAAAUGGUCCUUAAGUAGCAACUCUUUAUUGCUAGACAUUCUUUUUGGGAACUAAUUUUAUUCACUGUUGGAGCCAAGAAAAAAGAAAGUGGAUAGUUGCAAGUGAAGCAUAUCAAAAUCUAACUUAUACAAAUGUCUUACCUUAAACUACAUAACAAUAGCCUAAUAAUGUUCAUUAAUCCCCAACUACUUCGAUUAAUUUCUAUCCUUAGUAAGAUGUUGUUGAGGAAUUAUAAGACUAAUACUGA